CCCGGGCGCAACCCACACCGCCCCUCCCAGCCACCAUGGGGCUGCCACUAGCCUGCCUGGCAGCCGUCUGCCUGGCCCUGUCUGUGGCCGGGGGCUCGGAGCUCCAGACAGAGGGCAGAGCCCGAGACCACGGCCACAGCGUCUGCAGCGCUUGGGGUGACUUCCACUACAAGACCUUCGACGGCGACGUCUUCCGCUUCCCCGGCCUCUGCGACUACAACUUUGCCUCCGACUGCAGAGGCUCCUACAAGGAGUUCGCCGUGCACCUGAAGCGGGGCCCGGGCCAGGCCGGGGCGCCCCCCCAGGUGGAGUCCAUCCUGCUGACCAUCAAGGACGACGCCAUCUACCUCACCCGCCACCUGGCCGUGCUGAAUGGGGCCGUGGUCAGCACCCCGCACUACAGCCCCGGGCUCCUCAUCGAGAAGAGUGACGUCUACACCAAGGUGUACUCCCGUGCCGGGCUCGCCCUCAUGUGGAACCACGAGGACGCGAUCAUGCUGGAGCUGGACAGUAAGUUCCGGAACCACACCUGUGGCCUCUGUGGGGACUACAAUGGCCUGCAGAGCUACUCGGAAUUCCUCUCUGACGGCGUGCUCUUCAGUGCCCUGGAGUUCGGGAACAUGCAGAAGAUCAACCAGCCUGACGUGCAGUGCGAGGACCCCGAGGAGGAGCCGGCCCCAGCGUCCUGCGCCGAGCACCGCGCCGAGUGUGAGAGGCUGCUGACCGCCGAGGCCUUCGCCGACUGCCAGGACCGGGUGCCGCUGGAGCCGUACCUGCAAGCCUGCCAGCAGGACCGCUGCCGCUGCUCCGGCGGGGACGGGCACAGGGACGCCUGCGUCUGCAGCACCAUGGCCGAGUUCUCCCGCCAGUGCUCCCACGCCGGCGGCCGGCCCGGGAACUGGAGGACUGCCUCGCUCUGCCCCAAGACCUGCCCCGGGAACAUGGUGUACCUGGAGAGCGGCUCGCCCUGCAUGGACACCUGCUCGCACCUGCAAGUGAGCAGCCUGUGUGAGGAGCACCGCAUGGACGGCUGUUUCUGCCCAGAAGGCACCGUGUAUGAUGACAUCGUGGGCGGCGGCUGCGUUCCCGUGAGCCAGUGUCACUGCAGGCUGCACGGACACCUGUACACACCGGGCCAGGAGAUCACCAAUAACUGCGAGCAGUGCGUCUGCAACGCUGGCCGCUGGGUGUGCAAAGACCUGCCUUGCCCUGGCACCUGCACCCUGGAAGGCGGGUCCCACAUCACCACCUUUGAUGGGAAGAAGUUCACCUUCCACGGGGACUGCUACUACGUCCUGGCCAAGGGUGACAAUGAUUCCUAUGCCCUCCUGGGCGAGCUGGCCCCCUGCGGCUCCACGGACAAGCAGACCUGCCUGAAGACGGUGGUGCUGCUGGCCGACAGGAAGAAGAAUGUGGUGGUCUUCAAGUCCGACGGCAGCGUUCUGCUCAACGAGCUGCAGGUGAACCUGCCCCAUGUGACUGCGAGCUUCUCCAUCUUCCACCCAUCUUCCUACCACAUCGUCGUGAGCGUGGCUGUCGGCCUCCGGCUGCAGGUGCAGCUGGCCCCGGUCAUGCAACUCUUCGUGACGCUGGACCAGGCCGCCCAGGGGCAGGUGCAGGGGCUCUGCGGGAACUUCAACGGCCUGGAAGGCGAUGACUUCAAGACAGCCAGUGGGCUGGUGGAGGCCACAGGAGCCGGCUUCGCCAACGCCUGGAAGGCACAGUCCAGCUGCCGUGACAAGGCGGACUGGCUGGACGACCCCUGCUCCCUGAACAUCGAGAGUGCCAACUACGCUGAGCACUGGUGCUCCCUCCUCAAGAAGACAGAGACCCCCUUCGGCAGGUGUCACUCGACCGUGGACCCCGCUGAGUAUUACAAGGUGGGUGGGACCUGCACCCCCAGCCCCCCAUGCCGUUAAGAUGGACUCAGGGCACCCCGGC